AUGUGGCGCGGCGGGGCCUGGGCCUUGCUGGCGGCGGCGCUGGCCGUCGGCUUGGAGGCGCUGGCCGAGUGGCUGCUGCGGCGGCGGCGGCUGGAGGCCCGGCGGCGGGAAGUCCUCUUCUUCCCGUCGCGCGUGACCUGCGUGGAAGGGCUGCUGGCCGCCGGGGAGGGCGGCACCGGCGGCGUCGGGCCUUGCUCGUGCCCGCUCCCUCACGGCGAGAGCCCCCUGGCCCGCCUCCUGGCCCGCCUGCUCAGCGCCCGCCGCUCCCUCGAGCUCUGCGUCUUCGCCUUCUCCAGCCAGCAGCUCAGCCGCGCCGUCCUCCUCCUCCACCGGCGGGGCGUCCGCGUCCGGGUCGUCACCGACGCCGACUACAUGGCCCUCCAGGGAUCCCAGAUCGGCGUCCUCCGGCGGGCCGGGAUUCAGGUACGCCAUGAUCAGGACAGCGGCUACAUGCACCAUAAAUUUGCCAUCAUAGACCAAAGGUGGCUGCUCACUGGAUCCCUCAACUGGACCGCACAAGCCAUCCAGCACAACAGGGAGAAUGUUUUGAUACUGGAAGAUGCAGAGUGCGUGAAGCUUUUUCUAGAGGAAUUUGAGAAGAUUUGGGAAAAUUAUAAUCCAGCUCACUAUGUAUUCUUCUCCAAAGAGGUACCAAAAGAGAACAAACAUAAGUCUGAGACAGAAAGGCAGUUGAAGAAAUGA